GAAACACUGCUCGCUGGUUCCCGUCCCUCCUCCCCCUGCGGUGCUCUCUGGUUGUUGCAUUUCCGGAGCGUUUCCUUCUACUAUCGCAUGCCCUCUGGAGCACAGCCCUGCUGGUGAGGAAGAGUUGCCUGGUGUGUUGGUGAGCCCCAGCUGCCUCCCUGCACUGAGGAUAAAGGGCCAUGGCAGAGCGGGUGCUGGUGGUCGGCAGCGGCGGCAGGGAGCACGCCCUGGCCUGGAAGCUGGCCCAGUCCCCCCACGUCAAACACGUGUUUGUGGCUCCAGGAAAUGCAGGCACGGCUGACAACGGCAAAAUCUCCAAUUCAGCUGUUCCAGUCAGUGACCACGCUGCUGUGGCCCAGUUCUGCAGGGACCAGGACAUCAGGCUGGUGGUGGUCGGGCCCGAGGUUCCUCUUGCUGCUGGAAUUGUGGAUGACUUGACAGCAGCUGGGAUCAAGUGUUUUGGCCCCACAGCAAAGGCAGCUCAGCUGGAGUCCAGUAAGAGCUUCACCAAAGCCUUUCUGGAUCGUCAUGAGAUCCCCACUGCCAGGUGGAAAUCCUUCACUGAUCCCAAAGCAGCAUGUGCCUUCAUCAACAGUGCCACCUUCCCUGCUUUGGUUGUCAAAGCCAGCGGGCUGGCAGCUGGCAAAGGAGUCAUCGUGGCUUCAAGCAAGGAGGAGGCCUGCAGGGCUGUCACUGACAUCAUGCAGGAUAAGAGUUUUGGCACAGCUGGGGAAACUGUUGUUGUUGAAGAGCUUCUUGAAGGAGAAGAAAUUUCUUGCCUGUGUUUCAGUGACGGUGUCACCGUCGCCCCCAUGCCCCCAGCCCAGGACCACAAGAGGCUGAUGGAUGGAGAUGAGGGCCCCAACACAGGAGGGAUGGGAGCUUAUUCCCCAGCCCCUCAGAUUUCUAAAGAUUUGCUGCAGAAGAUCAGAGAGACUGUUCUUCAGAAGACUGUUGAUGGCAUGAGGAAAGAAGGAGUCCCCUAUGUGGGUGUGCUUUAUGCUGGAUUAAUGCUCACCAAAGAUGGGCCUAAAGUUCUGGAGUUUAACUGCAGAUUUGGUGACCCAGAGUGCCAGGUGAUUCUGCCCCUGCUCAGGAGUGACCUGUACGAGGUGAUGCAGGCCGUGCUCAGCAGGAAGCUGGCCAGCUCCAUGCCAGCCUGGAGAGAGGACAGUGCCGCUGUCACUGUGGUCAUGGCCAGCCAGGGCUACCCAGGGACCUAUCCCAAGGGCUUGGAAAUAACAGGGCUCACCAAGGCCAGGCAGCUGGGGCUGGAGGUGUUCCACGCUGGCACAGCCCUGAGGGACGGCAGGGUGCUCACCAGCGGGGGCAGAGUGCUCACGGUCACGGCCAUCAGGGAGGACCUGCCCGCGGCGCUGCAGGCCGCCAACCUGGGCGUGGCUGCCAUCCACUUCCAGGGCGCCAUCUUCAGGAGGGACAUUGGCCACCGGGCCAUUGCCUUCCUCAGGCAAUCCAGAGGCCUGACCUACAAGAACAGUGGGGUGGACAUUGAAGCUGGGAACACUUUGGUGCAGAAGAUCAAACCCUUUGCUGCAGCCACAUCCCGCUCAGGCUGCAAUGCAGAGCUCGGAGGCUUUGCUGGGCUCUUUGACCUGAAGGCAGCUGGGUACAGAGAUCCCAUCCUGGUGUCUGGAACCGACGGCGUCGGCACCAAACUCAAGAUUGCUCAGGAGUGCCAGAAACACGACACCAUCGGGCAGGACCUGGUGGCCCUGUGUGUCAAUGAGCUCCUGGCCCAGGGGGCUGAGCCCCUCUUCUUCCUGGAUUAUUUUGCCUGCGGCAGACUCGACGUGGACGUGGCCCAGGGCGUCAUUGCAGGAAUUGCUGAUGCCUGCAAGAAAGCUGGAUGUGCUCUUUUGGGAGGAGAAACGGCCGAGAUGCCGGGGAUGUAUCCGCCCGGCGAGUACGACCUGGCCGGCUUUGCCGUGGGGGCCGUGGAGAGAGGGCAGAUGCUGCCCCAGCUGGACAGGAUCACUGAGGGGGACGUGGUCAUUGGGGUGGCAUCUUCUGGGGUCCACAGCAACGGCUUCAGCCUCGUCAGGAAGAUCGUGGAGAAGUCGUCCCUGGAUUUCUCCUCCCGCGUCGGGGUCGCCGGGGACCAGACUCUGGGAGAGCUGCUGCUGACCCCAACCAAGCUCUACAGCAAGAGCCUGCUGCCCGUGCUGCGCUCGGGCCACGUCAAAGCCUUCGCCCACAUCACCGGAGGGGGCCUGCUGGAAAACAUCCCCAGGGUCCUCCCAGGCUCCCUGGGCGUCGUUCUAGAUGCUCUCACGUGGAAGAUCCCUGAAAUCUUCUGCUGGCUGCACAAGGAAGGGAACCUCUCUGAGGAGGAGAUGGCUCGGACCUUCAACUGUGGGCUGGGGGCAGUGCUGGUGGUGCAGAAGGAGAUGGCCCAGCAGGUGCUCGGGGACAUCCAGGGACACGAGACCGCCUGGAGCGUCGGCAGGGUGGUGUCCCUGCAGAAAGGCUCUGACAGCGUUAAAGUCCUCAAUCUGCAUCGGGCCCUGCAAGCAAACAGGUCCCUGUGUGUGCAGAGCCACAUCCAGGGCAAGAUCCAGGCAGGCAAAAUGAAGGUUGCUGUCCUCAUCUCUGGAACAGGCACAAACCUGGAAGCCCUCAUCAACAGCACAAAGAAAGACACCAGCUAUGCACAGAUAGUUCUGGUUAUCUCCAACAAACCUGGCGUGGAGGGGCUGAGGAAAGCUGAGAGAGCUGGGAUUCCCACAAGGGUGGUGGAGCACACGAGGUACCAGAGCCGCACUGAGUUCGACAGCGCCGUGGACAAGGUCCUGGAGGAGUUCUCGGUGGAGCUGAUCUGCCUGGCCGGCUUCAUGCGCAUCCUCUCGGGGCCUUUUGUCAAGAAAUGGGAAGGUGGGCGAGGCGGGCAAGAUCUACUGGAAAUAGAGCUGGGCCUGGCACGGGCCUGGCACGGGCUCUGCCCCUCACGGUUCAAGGUUCAAAUCCCAGGAAAGCCACCAGUGGGAAUUUGGGGGCCGUUCCCAGAGGGUGCAGCAAUGGCUCCUGUAAGUGCUUCCUCAUUUUAAUCGCUUCCUUGGCCAACAGUUUGGUUCUCUCAGUCGUGUUCCUGACAACCCCAGUGCAGCCAGGUGGGUCUGAGCAGCCCUGGGGUGGGCUGGAGACAACACUGGAGACCCCUCCAUGCAAAAUCACAGUCUGGGAAGUGCACAAGCCUUUGUCACGUGGCUGUCUCCAGCAUUGGGAUUAACUUCCACUCGUGCCAGGUGGGGAAUGUGGUGAAUCUCCAGCUGUGAACCUCCAGAUGUGAAUCUCCAGCUGUGAAUCUCCAGCUGUUUUCCAGCCAUCGGGGCUGUUCCCUAACAGGGACCCUCCCUGUGCUGGGAAGUGCUGCUGAGGGAAACUGCAAUGGAAGAGACAGACAAAGGCAGAACCCUCCACUCUAAAAACCUCAUCAGACCAGGAAAAACUGGCCUCCCAAACACCAACUAUUGGAUUUUUCUCCAUUUGCUGCCUGGUUUGAUGGUGGCCCAGCCCCUUGACACACCUGUCAUUUCCAAACCUGAACCUGCUGUCCAUCAGAUGCCAGCAGCGUUCAGUGUCUGCUGCCCCCUUUUUCUGCAGCAUCCCCAUGUGAAUUCCCACAAAUUCCCAUCAGAUUCAGGGGUUUAUUUUUUUACAUGAGUAGAAAGAUCAGACACAAAACACGUCCUUGGCUUGUGAAACAUUCCUCAGGAAUUCUGAAGUGCCUUUAUUCUGGAACCAGCAUUUUCACCUGCAAUAACACUGAGGGACACCCAGGAAUUAUGAACAUUUGGAAAACAAUCGGGGUUUUUGUGCAGCUCAACACUUGUGGUUUUCUUUUAGUAGUUUCAUAUAGUUAUGAAACCAUUUUAAUGUUCUUACUGAAAGGAUCAGGUUUCCCACACACAGAGCAGAUGAGGUGGUUUGGAGCUCCCCUUAAACACAGAUUCAGAGAAAUCUGAUUUUGAAUCAGAGAAAGCGGAUUGUAUUCUGGGCUCCGAUGUCCUGAUGGUACUCCCAUGUUGGCAUAUUCUCCUUUGGGAUUUGAAAUAAAGCCUAAUAAAUUAAAUAAAAAAUUCUA